GGCGAUAGAUAUCCAUAAAUGAAUUUUCAAUGGUCAUUCAAAUUGAGUUUUAUUUUUGUUCUGAGCUGUGAGACGUAGUUAGCCCUGAUUUUCCAUGAUCCAGAAGACAAUUGUCAUGAUCUGAUGUUGUUCCUAUAUUUUCGAAUACCGAUUGUCUGGUGAAUUCGUGUUGUCAUGAGUGUUGAAUCAUCGAAGUCUGAAUAUUAGGUUAUUUCAAUUUUUAAUUUGCCAUAAUUACCGAUAAAAAAUUAGAGAAAUGUCGAGUAAUCAGGAGAUACACCCUCUUCCGAGGGACUUAAUGCCCGAUGCUUGGUUCAACGACGAGAGGAUGAACUCGAUGUUCGCAGAAUUCAGGAAUCGCUCGGUGAAUCCCCAGGACUGGGACUCGAAGUUCAAGUUCUGGGAUUCUCUGCUGGUUAAUUAUCUGGGAUACAAUGCGCAGGUGACAUUCUCAGUUUUUCAGUUGUCCACCAUCUUCAAGAGGAAGGGAAGGACACCGUUGUGCCUGUCAACAGUCGUAGAAGAGCUUUAUCAAAAAAGCGAAAUCAUCACCCUGGACUCGUUUUUGGAAGCGCAGAAUGCAACGUGGGGCUCAUGGGCAGUGAAUACAAUGGUCAAGAGGCCGAUGGUGUGGUCCUUCUCAAAAUUGAAGAACUACUUCAUCCCGAACGUCUCGAAUCCAGAUAUAAAAUACAUCCACAUUCCCACAAUCAAAGAAUUAUCUGAGGUGAUCCUAAGUUUAUCGAAUGUCGAGAAGGAUCUGAUACUCUCAGUGCCAGAGAUAACGAAUAAAUGUUCCGAGAAGACAAAAAGUAAAAACAUUACCGAAGAGAAUGUCAAAUUGGCACUGCUGUGGCUGGGGCGGUUGAAGAAAGGAGGCCUGGGGGUGCCCCAUCAUCACGAGAAAUGGGAGUGCCUCCUGAAAAUAUCUCCAAUGGGUGUCAGUAAUUUGUCAGAGGCUGAGGAGGGCCUCUUCAAGCUGAAGGACAGCGAGCGAUUACUCCUGGAGAAAAUUGAGAGCCUGGAGAAGGAGAGGAAUGCCCUUCUGGUGAAGGCUAAGGGAUCCCUCGACAGUGGACUCAAGGAGCUCGCAAAAACGUACGUCAGGAAGAAGAGAGAGCUCGAUAAGAGGAUUGAAAAGCAUGCUGGCACCCUCCACAAUCUCCACACUCUGAUAUCAAGUAUUCAUGAUGCUAGAUCGAAUAAUGAGGUGUUGGAGGCUUACAGAAAGGGCAGGGACAUCCUCAAGGGCUUCGAGAAAUCUGGGCUCAAUGAAAUCACGGCCAGGGACACCAUGGACGAUAUGAUUGAAGCCGUCGGAGAAGUCCAUGAUGUCCAAUCAACUCUAUCUGAAAACCUGAAAAUCAAUGACUCUGACCUUGAGCUUGAACAGGAGCUCAAUGAUCUCCUCAACUCGAGCUCGAACGACAAAUCGUUCCCAAAUGUUCCAGAUGCGGAGCUGCCAGACCUGGAGAAAGAGCUGCACUCACUUCUUCUUGAGGACGUUCCACCACCACCGACGUCCAUCCCAAAUUCUUCGAGACCACGAGCGGAAAUCUCAAAGAUUUCCUAGGAAGAAUUGAUGCGGGAGGAAAAUCAAGUGAUAGACCGUACGUUUAGGACAUAUUUUUAAUGAUUGUCAAUAUUUUUAUCUAUUUAACUGUGUGAUGAUCAAGGAGUGAAAAUAUAAUUAGAUUUUUUGCAAAGAAA